AUGCCUUGCACAAUCUGGCUUGCUCUUUCUGUGUUGCUUUUACUGCAGACCUCUGACGCUGGAAGACAGAUGCCCAAACUCUCUGACAAGAAACUGUGCGCUGACUCAGAAUGCAGCCAUCCUAUCCUGAUAGCUCGGGCCCUGCAGGACUACUAUCCUGGAGACUGCAGGUUCAUCCCCAUCAGACAGGGGCAGCUCAUCUAUGUCUAUGCAAUGCUGAAGGACAGAGGCAACCUUUUCUGGGCUGGCAGUGUACAAGACUCCUAUUAUGGACAGCAGGAGGCUCGCAUUGGCCAUUUCCCUAGCAGCGUGGUGGAGGAGACUCAUCCUCUCAUGCCAGCCAACACUGAAGUUAAAACUACUAAAUGGGACUUCUACUGUAACUGA